UGACGGUGCGUUUCCCCCCCCCGGGCGAGUGGGGCCGGGGCGGUAAGUGCUACCUCGGCUGCUUAUAUUUCAGGCGCGGGGCUGCUGGCUCUGCCCUGGCCAGGGCACACAGGCAGCCCAUUGUUGAAGCCCCUUCGGCGACAGCGGAGAGCAGGUGCUGUUGAUGGCGAUGAUGACAAUGCAGCUGGGUGGGCUGAUGCUGGCUGUGCUGGGCUGGCUAGGCUCCAUCCUCACCUGUGCGCUGCCCAUGUGGAAGGUGACGGCCUUCAUCGGCUCAAACAUCGUGGUGGCCCAGGUCUUCUGGGAAGGGCUGUGGAUGAACUGUGUGUAUGAAAGCACGGGGCAGAUGCAGUGCAAGGUCUACGACUCCCUGCUGGAGCUCACCUCCGACCUGCAAGCGGCUCGUGCCUUGGUGGUCACCUCCAUCUUUGUGGCCUUCUUUGCCUUCCUCACUGCCGUCUCAGGUGCAGACUGCACCCGUUGUGUGGAUGACAAGAGCACCAAGACCAGGAUCUCCAUUGUGGCAGGUGCCAUCUUUGUCCUGGCCAGCAUCAUGCUGCUCAUCCCUGUCUCCUGGUCUGCUAACAGCAUCGUCAGCAACUUCUACAACCCCAUGGUGCCCGAGGCCCUCAAGAGAGAGCUGGGGGCUGCCCUCUACAUUGGCUGGGCCUCCAGUGCCCUCCAGCUCUUUGGCGGAGGCAUCCUGUGCUGCUCAGGACCCCCAUCCCAGCAAGACCCCUACCCUAAGAAGUACAGAGCAGUGAAAACCUGCAGCCCGAUGAGCUAUGCCAUGAAGGACUAUGUGUGAGCCACUGUGCCUGGGUGCCCGCCUGAGGGAGAGCACCACUGCCCCUCUCCUGCUUCACAUGCCACCCCCGCUGCCCACACGCUGCCUCAUCCUACCUGUCCCCACACUGGCUGCACCCCUAGUACGGUCCUCCCAUGUGUGUCCUUCCCUGGUGCACAGGGGCUGUGCUCGCAAUGGGCUAUAAACACCUCGGUGCCACCAA